GAUUCUAUAUAAUGUUAUCCAAUUUAUAAUAAUUUACAUUGUUUGCAUUGUUUAUAAAAAAGAUUCAUACAAAUAUAACGUGAACAAUGCGUGAUUUGUAGUGUAGGCGUAAUCUUGAAAUACUCGUAGAGAUACAAACUCCACUUAUCGCUAGUGAAGACUCUAACCUCACUAACUUACAAUUAGCAGAGAAGAGACCCAAACUCUAUCUGUUCUUUGUAGCUGUACUAGUGCACACUUGUACUUAAAAUGAAAUAGACGUAUUUGGAGAAAGUGAGAGAUGGAAAGUUUUAGUUAAUUUUAGUGCAGUUCAGUGACUUCAGUGCAGCUGCAGCCUGCAGCGACAUAGGCGAUAAAGAACGGGCUUAUUAAAACAGUUCAAUGCGAUCUGUGCUGUCUGUGCUUCUGCAAAUACGAAUUUCUUGGAAGUGAAUGUUUCACCGUGAUUCAUCUUUAAAAUGGAUCGAAGAAAUCGCGAACAAAUAGAACGUUGUUGCGAAAGCGUUGUGCCCAAAAUUGAUAUGACAAAACUAUUUCCAAAGUUAUUAGAAAACAAAGUUUACAAUAGAGAUGACGUAAAUAUCCCACGGUGGAUGGUGAGUUCAUUGCUCAUAAGAUAUUACGCAGUUAACUGUGAUGUAUCAGACUGUAUCGGACUCGCAUUUUCAGCAAUUAACAAUUUUAAAACACAAGAUACAAUCAAAGAUAUAUGGUUAACAAUUAAAACACGAGGACCAAAUGCAUUUAAAAAUUUGAUUCUUAGUCUAAAACAAUCCGAUCAUGAAAACAUAGCAAAUAUAUUGGAAGGAAGAUGUGACACAGGCAAUGCAAGUAAUAUUAAGCAAGAAGAUCCGUUGGAUCACUAUAAUUGGUCAUCGUUUGGUGAUGAACCUUUAGAAAUUAAAGUACGCAAAGCUACAAAAUUUAUAGAUCGUGAUUACGAAAACAUUGAGCGAUAUCCUAUGCGAAGUAAACCUCGUGGAUUGGUUUUGAUAAUCACGAAUAUUUAUUACGAAUCGUCAUAUGAAAAACACAGAUUUUCGGCGAAACAUGAUUGUGAUAAUUUAAAGAAAUUGUUUGAGGAAAUGGGUUUUACAGUCAUUUCAUAUGGAAAUCUAACGGGGCAGGAAAUAAAAAAUAAAAUUAAGGAAUUUUCAAAGAACAAAGAUUUGAAAUUUGUCGAUUCAUGUUUCGUGAUCAUUACAAGUCACGGUACGGAAGACGAAGACAACAAUACAGAGAUCCAGGGUAUUGAUUACCAUAAUGCAAGCAGGCAAGCAAACUAUGAAAAAGUUUUGUGCACAGAAAUCUGCGAUUACUUCACUGCAGAAGCUUGUGAGCAACUCGCGGGAAAACCAAAAAUAUUUAUUUUUCAACUUUGCAGAGGAAAGAAAAAACAGAAAAGUGUAGCUCACUACAGAAUCACUACGGACACCAGUGUAUCUGUGAAACCAGAAGCCAGCCUAGAAAUACCUCAUAUUCAAACAACAAGAAAUUAUUCAGACAUGCUCGUAGUUCAAUCUACUUUGCCUUCACACGUUUCUUAUAGAGACUCCGUAACUGGCAGUUGGUUCAUACAGAUCCUUUGCGAAGUAUUCAUGAAGCAUGCUUGCACGAAUCACGUUGAAGAUUUGUUUAGAAUGAUUGAUUCCCAAUUGAAACAGCUUAGAACAAUAAAUAACGAAUGUCAGACUUCGUGUGUCCAGUCAAUAGGAUUUAAUAAACAUUGUUAUAUUCAUCCCGGCCUAUUCGAAUCGUGAUAAAAAAGGCAAAAAAUGUCUUAUUAUAUAAAUGAAUACACGCAAUACAUAUUUAUACAUAUUCAUACUUGAUCACGAAUAUUUUGAUGCAUUUAAUUAUUUAAGUGCCAUUUUACAUAAACGAUAUAUGGCAGGGUUGAAAACGUUAUUUUGUAAAAGUAACACGUUACCGUUACCAUUACUUUUGGAAAAAGUAAUAGUAACUCUUUAUUCGUAAUUUGAAAAAGUAACGCAUUAUCGUCAUUUUGAAAGUAAUACGAUUUGUUAGUCUUUUCGUUGCUUUUGUAAUGCUAACAAAUAAGAGAUUUUUAAAUUAGAUUAUUUAAUAAUUAUAUAUAAUCAAUAUAAAAUUUACAACUUGAAAUUUGUUUCUAUAUUCUAAUCUUAUCUAAUUUUUUAUAUUAAUAUCUUUAUUUUAUAUUUAUAGAUUAUAUACAUUUAAUUUGGAAACACAAAUUUUAUUUAAAAAUUGUUUUCUUUAUACAGUUUUUAUAGUUUUUAAGAAUGCAUUCCGAUAUUCAUUGUAUUGAAUAUUUAUAAUUUCCGUUAUUGUAGACUUUCAGAGAGAGUACUGGCAAUGUGAGUGGGCUAUCAAAAUGCAACUAAAAUAAAGUAUAAAAAUUUUUUUCCAAUAUUUAAACUGUUAUAAAAUAUAAAAUAAAACUUAUAAAUUGUAUUUAUUGUACAUAACUUUUGAAAUUAUUAAAUAAAGGUAAUAAGGAGCUAAAGUAAAGAAAGUGGAGAGCUCAAAUUAAUAACGAUAAAAAUAACGAUCGAACUCAUCGUUAUUGUAAAAAAAAAAUGUAGUGUUACUGUGACGUUUACCAUUACGGUCAAUAAAACAAUGACGAUAAUGACGUUAUAAGCAAUGCACUAGUUCCCAAUGUUGAUAUUUAGUCCAUAUAGUCAAAAACAGUACUCUAAUUUUGAUCAGACAAAUUGUAAUUAGACAAAUGUUCAUAGUAAUAUUCUCCUAUUAUUGUAAAUUUAUUAUAUAAUCAUAUGAAACUAAAAAUGAAAAAAUGAACCAGCAUGUAGAAUAAAUUAACAUACGCAAUAACAUUGUCAUUCCACAAAUAUGUAAUUAAAAUAAAAAUUGAGAUUGAGGAGAAAUUUCACAGUGACAUUCAAUUGUAGAAUACUAUUUGUAGAAUUUUAUACUAUAAAUGACAAAUGAUACGAUUGUAUAAAUUUUUAUAUAAACUAUACAGAAAUGAAU